AUGUUCUUCACAAAACGUAAUAGUUUAGUGAGGUUUUUGCUUCUCCUGUUGUUUUCUCUAACCAUACAUCUUUCAUCUGGAGCAAACAUUAUAUCUGCAAACCAGUCUCUCUCCGGAGACAACACAAUCAUAUCCCAAGGUGGGCAGUUUGAGCUUGGUUUCUUCAAAGCAGGUAACUCUUCCAAGUAUUACAUAGGCAUCUGGUAUGAAAAGGUCUCCUCCAAUCCUCCUACCAUAGUUUGGGUGGCAAACAGAGAAACACCAAUCUCUGAUAGAUUCCGUUCAGAAUUAAAAAUCAUUGAUGGUAAUUUGGUGCUCUUGAAUGAGUCCAAGUCCCAGAUUUGGUCCACAAAUGUCACCACCACUCUGAAUUCUUCAACAGCACUUAUUCGUGAUGAUGGUAACUUAGUUUUGAUUGACAGCUCAAAUUCAGUUGAACCUUUUUGGGAAAGUUUUGACCACCCAACUCAUACUUGGUUGCCUGGUGCUAAACUUGGUUAUAAUAAUAGAAAGAAAACGAGCCAGGUUCUUACAUCAUGGAGAAGCAAAGAAGAUCCUGGUGUAGGACUCUUCUCUUUGGAGCUUUAUCCAUCAAGUAAAGAGUAUGUAAGCAAGUGGAAUGGGUCUCAGCAAUACUGGAGGAGUGGGGCUUGGAAUGGGAAUUCGUUUGACUUAGUACCUGAAAUGAGGUUGGAUAACAUAUUUAAUUACAGCUACAAUACAAAUGAGAACGAGAGUUACUUCACUUAUUCUGUGUAUAAUCCUUCCAUUAUUUCUAUAUUUAUAAUGGAUGUUUCUGGUCAAGUUCAGCAACUGGCAUGGUUGGAUAAUGCCAAAGAGUGGAUUUUAGUUUGGUUUGAACCUACAACACAGUGUGAUGUUUAUGCUUUGUGUGGGUCUUUUGGGACUUGCAGGCAGUCUGGACCAUCUUUCUGUAAUUGCUUGACUGGCUUCAAGCCUAGAUCAGAGAGUGAAUGGAAUCAGAGUGAUUUCUCCAGUGGAUGUGUGAGAAAAACCAAUUUGCAGUGUGGGAGAAACGUGGAAAAGCCUGAUUUUCUCAUGAUUAGUGUCAAGAGUCUACCACCAAAUAACUCUGUGGCAUUUGGGAGUGCUGGAGAAUGUCGUACCACCUGUUUGAACAGUUGCUCAUGUAAUGCUUACUCUUUUGUCGAUAAUCAGUGUUUGGUUUGGGAUGGAGAUCUCUUGAACCUCUCUGAAGACAAUGAUAAUGAUAGUGGGAAAACAAUCUUUGUCAAAGUCGCUUCUAAAGAUCUUCCACAUCAUAAAAAGAUUAAUUGGGUCACCGUGGGUGCUGUUGUUGGGUCUGUGGGAGAUGAGGCAGAGAGUAGGCCUGCCAUGAGUCUGGUGGAACGGAUUCUUGAAGGGGUUUCGGAUGUGAGCAUGCCUCCGAUCCCCCAAAUUGUCACUUUAUAUGUUGAGAACAUGCUGGAUCCUGUUUUCUUCACUGAUUCAUGCUCAAUUGAGUGCUCACUAGUACACAGCAAUUCCACUGGUGGUGGCUCCCAGUCAAAGGGCUCAUCUUCUUGA